AUGGCAACUGAACAGAGACCCCUUAGCGAACGUAGCGCCAAAGGGCCCCAUGACAGCGACGCGACAGAGACGACUCCGUUGUUGAUUGUCAACGACGUCGCCCCGACCGCCGACCCCGAUGUAGCCAAGGCGACCACCCUCGACGAUCCAGACCAGCAACUUGAUGACCCCGAAGACAAAUCAUUGCCGGUCUGGCAGAUCUUCCUACUGUGCUAUGCCCGGCUAGUGGAGCCCAUGGCUUUCUUCUCCAUCUUCCCGUUCGUCAACCAAAUGGCCCAGGAGAACGGCAACCUCGCGGAAGCGGACGUCGGUUUCUACAGCGGCCUCAUCGAGUCGUUGUUCUCCCUUACCCAGGCCAUUGUCAUGAUCUCCUGGGGCAAGCUGUCUGAUCGUAUCGGCCGCAAGCCCGUUCUCGUCUUCUCGCUAUUCGGUGUCACGCUCGCCACCUCUAUCUUCGGUAUGGCUCAGACAAUUUGGCAGAUGAUCCUGUUUAGGUGUCUGGCCGGCGUGUUUGGUGGCACUAUCGUUACAAUGCGCACCAUGAUUGCGGAACAUAGCACCCCCAAAACUCAAGCCAGAGCUUUCAGCUGGUUUGCUUUCAGCGGCAACCUCGGCCUUUUCUUCGGUCCACUUCUGGGCGGUGUUCUUGCCGAUCCCGCGCGCCAGUACCCAGGAGUCUUCAAGAGUCAAUUCUUCCUUGACUAUCCUUACGCAUUGCCAAGCUUCGUUGUUGGCUUCAUCGGCUUAACAGCGGCUCUUACCAGUCUUUUCUUCGUUGAGGAAACACUUAAGAAAGAGCCUCACGGCGAAGAUGACAACGGAUCGGCAUUGUGGCUCCUGGUUAUCUUCCCGCCCUUGCAACAUCGCAUUGGGACUAACGGCGUCCUGCGUGUCUGUUCAUACGCCUAUCCCUUCUUCUACCUUAUUUCUCCGCUCGGCAAUCUCAUCCUCAAAGCCAGCGUCGACAGCCCCAAGCUGAUUACAUUUUUCUGGAUUUUCGUGCCCGUCGGUCUUGCCAUCGGCUGUGGCGUAAGCAUGUCCUUUACUGGCAUACAGUUGGCGCUUAACGAUGUGUCGCCCAGCCCCCAGGUUCUUGGAACGCUUAAUGCUUUGGCGUUAACUGGCGCUAGCGUUCUCAGAGCCUUCGACCCGGCCUUGUUUGCGAGCCUCUUUGCUAUUGGAGUGCGGACUCAGUACCUCUGGGGCUACGCAAUUUGGUUUCUCAUGGUUGCGCUUGCGGUUGGCUUGAUCUUUGCUGUGAGGAAAAUCCCCGAGAUCGACAACCUGAAGAAGGUUAGGGAGCAAGAGCGGGCUGAACAAGACCAAUAG